ACUAAAGCUGAACCAACAAGCACGACAUCUACACCAACCACCACUACAGCUGAAUCAACAAGCACGACAGCUGCACCAACAAUCACUACAGCUUUACCAACAACCACAACUGCUGAACCAAUGUCCACUACAGCUGAACCAACAAGCAGGACAGCUGCACCAACAUCUACUACAGCUGCACCAACAACCACUAUAGCAGCACCAACAUCUAUGACAACUGCACCAACAACCACGACAGCUUUACAAACAACCACAACUACUGCACCAACACCCACAACAGCUGCACCAACAACCACUACAGCUGCACCAACAACCACUACAGCUGCACCAACAACCACGACUACUCCAACAUCAUCUGCUACAGCUGCACCAACAUCUACUACAGCUGCACCAACAAGCAUGACAACUGCACCAACAACCACUACAGCUGCACCAACAACCACGACUACUCCACCAACAUCCACUACAGCUGCAACAACAACCACGACAGCAGCACCAAAUACCACGACAGCAGCACCAACAACCACGACUAUUCCAACAUCAUCUACUACAUCUGCAACAACAACUACUACAGCUGCACCAACAACCACGACUACUGCACCAACAUCUAAAACAGCUGCACCAACAACCACGAUAUCUGCACCAACAACCACGACAGCUGCACCAACAUACACUAAAGCUGAACCAACAAGCACGACAUCUACACCAACCACCACUACAGCUGAAUCAACAAGCACGACAGCUGCACAAACAAUCACUACAGCUUUACCAACAACCACAACUGCUGAACCAAUGUCCACUACAGCUGAACCCAUAACUACAACAGCUGCACCAACAACCACGACAGCAGCACCAAAAACCACAACUACUGCAACAACAACCACGACAGCUGCACCAACAACCACUACAGCUACAGCUGCACCAACAACUACUACAGCUGCACCAACAACCACGCUGCACCAACAACCACGACAGCUGCCCCAACAACCACGACUACUGCACCAACAACCACGAAUACUGCAACAACAUCCACUUCAGCUGAACCAACAAGCAGGACAGCUGCACCAACAUCUACUACAGCUGCACCAACAACCACUAUAG